GCAAAACUUCCUAUAGUACUGGUGUUGGGUUUUUCAAUUCCUUGAUGUUCCCUUCCUCGUAAAACACAAAAAAGAAAAAAAAACGGAAAACACAGAGAAAAAAAAACAUCGCAUUAAAUAUUCUCAGAAUUAGGCGGCAGCAUGGAGGACGGCCGUGCUGUGAGCAAGGCCAUGCUUGAUUCAGAACCAUCGGGUUCGUACAGAGACAUCAUUACUGUUGCUACUAUCGCUACGGGUAUUCAGUUUGGGUGGGCCCUCCAGCUGUCGUUGCUGACGCCGUACGUCCAGCAACUCGGCGUCCCUCACCCAUGGUCCUCUUUCGUCUGGCUUUGUGGGCCCAUCUCAGGCCUACUGGUCCAGCCCACCGUUGGGUACUUCAGCGACCGUUGCACCUCAAGGUUCGGUCGGCGCCGCCCCUUCAUCAUGUCAGGGUCGGGGUUUGUAGCGGUUGCAGUUUUUCUCAUUGGGUUCGCUGCGGAUCUUGGGCACGCAGCGGGUGAUAAGCAUUCGGAUCCUGUAAAAUCCAGGGCGGUGGCCAUAUAUGUGGUCGGGUUCUGGGUGUUGGACGUGGCAAACAACAUGCUGCAGGGUCCUUGCAGAGCCUUCUUGGCAGAUAUAUCCUGUAAAAGCCAGAAGAAGAUGAGAGUGGCGAACGCCUUAUUCUCCUUCUUCAUUGGCGUAGGGAACGUUUUAGGGUACGCAGCCGGAUCUUACAGCAAACUCCACAAGAUCCUCCCUUUCACACUCACUAAAUCCUGCGAUUCUUACUGCGCAAACCUGAAAUCAUGUUUCUUAGUACACAUUGUCCUCCUGUUGGCAGUGACCUCGGUCACAGUGUUCUCGGUGGGGGAGAAGCAGUUGGAGCCCAGAGACGACAUUGGCGAAGAGUCGACACCAUUUUUCGGGAAGUUGUUCUCAGCACUGAAGCAGUUGAAGAAACCGAUGUGGGUGUUGCUACUGGUGACGGCCGUGAAUUGGGUGGGUUGGUUCCCGUUUUUGCUGUACGACACGGACUGGAUGGGCGUGGAAGUGUACGGUGGAAAGGCGAAUGGGAGUCCAGAAGAAGUGAGGUACUAUGACCUUGGUGUUCGGGAAGGGGCGCUUGGGUUGAUGGUGAACUCCUUCGUUCUGGGUUUUGCCGCUUUGGCGAUAGAGCCCGUCAGCCGCAUUCUUGGAGGUCUCAAGUGGUUAUGGGGAGCUGUCAACAUUAUAUUGGCACUUGCGAUGGGAUCCACCGUGGUUGUCACAAAGGUGGCUCAACGUUGGAGGGCAACUCAUGGGUUGACAACUCCUCCCACCAAUGUCAAAGCUGGAGCCUUUUCCAUCUUUGCAGUCUUGGGUAUUCCACUCUCGGUGAAUUAUAGUGUUCCUUAUGCCCUAGCGUCAAUCUUUUCUUCAUCCUCCAGUGCGGGUCAAGGGCUAUCUUUGGGAAUUCUCAACCUGUUCAUAGUGCUUCCGCAAAUGUUUGUUUCAGCGGUUAGUGGGCCACUUGAUUCAGUUUUUGGAGGAGGAAAUUUACCGGCGUUCGUAAUGGGUGCACUAGCAGCUUUUGCAAGCUCGAUGUGCGCCAUGUUCGUACUCCCCGAUCCUCCAUCUCAAUCUGAGGUCUCGCUAACAAUGGGCGGUGGCCACUGAUUUCGCCACAUUUUUUAUAUAAGGCAGUCGUCUAGGUGUUAUAAUUGUUGUAUCACAAUUUUGGUUACCAUAAGAGAAAAGUGGUACAACAGACGCGUAUGCGAUCUGUUUUAGAUUCAGAUUCACGG